AUGUGGUCGCAUACCAUCAAAUCAUCGGCCCCGAACUCUACAAAACCUGCCACCGAAAGACCUGCGAGGACAGGCAGCAAUCUUAAGAAGGAAGACGACGCCGUAACAGCGUCAGAGGAAAGUAUGACACAAGGUUUCGAUGCCGAUGGGUUCAGUAAAACGUCCAAGGUCCAUGCCUCCAAGAAGCCGUUGACCGUGGCUAAAGCCCCGUCGUUUGGCAGGACAACAUCAAGAGCAGGGCAGACAGCGACAAGCGGAACGGAUCCUCCUCGUAAGGAUAGUCCAAACAAGAGUACUCCACCGGUCAAGCCGACGCAGAGUGCGAAGGCUGGUACUCCAGCGCGUGUUCCACGGACUGCAACACCUACACAAUCAUCUUCGAGGGCAUCGAAGGCGGGGACCACACUACAAAUUAAACUGCCGGUUAUAAGCUAUAAGAAUACCCCCUCUGGCAGAAGUCUUACCAGUACCAGUACGCAAAAUGAGGUACCGUCCCCCAGCUCGGAGAGCGUUGCGCCAGGAUUGGACACGCAUAAGCCUGAUGGGCUUGGUGAAACCCAAGCCAAUGAUGAGCUCAGUAAGGAUGAGAAUGGCGCCGAUGAUGUCCUAAGGGCAAUAGAUGUGCAGGAUCAUCAAAGAAGUGAGGGAUUGAAGCACACGAUAGCUGUCAAAGAUGGAGAGAUUCGGGACCUUCAUGCCGAAAUGCAGCAACUACAUGCCCAGAUCAAGGAUAUCCAGACCACCAAUGAACGCAAAACCGAAGAGACGAAAGCUGCGUUUCUGGCGCAGAUCGUGCCUCUUGAAUCAGAAGUUGACGAUAGUCGCAAAAAGAUUUCUGAUCUUGAAGCCACUCAUUGCAAGACGCAAGAGAAACACAACAAAGUCCUCAGUUUGAAGGACGAGGAGAUCCAAAGAUUAUCGGAAGCUGCCCAUGGUCAACGCGGAGAGCAGGAAGGGAAAGAAUCAGUGUUCAUUCCCAAAGGCGAAUUUCAGGGGCUACAUAUCAGGCGCAAGCGUGAAUUGGAUGAAGCAGCGGCGGUAGUGUUAGCAACGAUUGAGUCAAUUCAAGCGGAACGUGAUGAAUUGGUACAAUCCAGGGAUCAGGAGAUCAAGGAAAUGAGCGAUCUAUCCAGUUUAGUCCUGGAACUUCAAGAAAACGUUGAGAAAGCCCGCCAAGCUGACAAAGACGAACUUAAGGAAGCGAAGAAAAGAAACGAACAAGAAUUAGUGGGCAAGGUCGAACAACAUGAGCAAGAACUUCGGGAUGCUACCACGGGAUACGAAGAAUUGCAGGAAAAGGUUCACCACCUUGAGCAAGAGCUUCGGAACGCAGCCGCGAAACACGUGCAGGAAAUUGAUGCUGCAAAAGAGGAGCGUCAGACAGUACUUCGCGAUGCAAACCAGAAAUAUGAGCAGGAAUUUACAGAUACGGCUUCGAAAUAUCAGCAAAAGAUCAAGGCUCUCAUAGUCAAAAACGAAGAAGAGCUCGAGACGGCCGCUGCGAGACAGGAGCAAGCGUUUGGGGACGCAGCCGCAAAAUACCAGCAAGAGUCCCAAUCCUUAGAAGCAAAGCAUCUGGAAGAACUUAAGACUGCCACCACGAGAGACGAACAAGCGUCAGGAACUUUCGCCACAAACCAUCAACACGAAAUCCAGGCUAUGACAGCAAAACAUCAAGGGGAGCUCGGGGAGAUCGUCACAACAAAUGAACAAGCAUUAGGUAACGCAGCUAUAAGAACUCAGCAAGCAAUUGAGGCUAUCAUAGCGAAGCACACAGAGGAACUCGCGAGUGCAACCUCUCAAAUUGAAGAGCUCAGCGCUGUAAUCAAAAGACAUCAGCAAGAGCUUGGGGACGUAGCCACAGGUCAUGAGCAAAAACUAGAGCGUGUAGACCACGAAUACCAGCAGGAGCUCCGCGGGGUGACCGCCAAAUAUGACCAGGAGCUUGAGGAAGCAAAGGCCAAAUACAAGGCGCUUGAGGAUGGAUCGCUCAAAAAGGAAGGAGACUUACGAGAAGCAGCCCAGAAACACGAGGAGGAAACAGCGCGACUACACAAUCAAUUGGAGACUGCCGCUGGUAACGUGGCUUCACUGGAAAUGACGUUGAGAGACCUCAAUCUUCAGAAAGAGGACUCUAGUAGGGAAGCCGCCUUGAAAUAUGAGCAAGAACUCCAGACUGCAACCAUCGAAUACGAAGAAGAGCUCGAAAGCCUAAGAGCAAUCUACGCUACUGCAGUCGAAGAAAUCGCCGCUCUUGAACGGGCACUCCAGGACGAAGAGCAGAAGCAGAGUGAAGCAUUGGAGGAGGAGACCCAAAGUCUACGCAUCAUUUACGCGACUGCUUCAGAAGAGAUUAACGGUCUCAGACGAACUGUAGAGGACGUGGACCAGGAGCGGAGUGAAGCAGUUGAUGAAGCAACCUCUUUAAAAGCCUCUUUGGAUGAUCUAAACCUCAAGCGGAGCGAGGCAGUUGGUCAGCUUACCUCUCUACAGGGUUUCAUGAGAGACCAGGAACUUGAGCGAAGUGAAGCAGCAGUGGAAAUCGCUUUGUUGAGAGACAAGUUGGAGCUCGCCGACAGACGUUUUGAGCAGGAUCAACAAGCAGUCUCUGACCUCCAAAGACAAAUACGGGAUCUGCAGGCCCAAAUUGACGAGCUUUCAACCGAUACUAGUUUUGACCAAAGUGAAGCCGCUGUGGAUGCUGCUCUUCUUAAAGACAAACUCGAGCUUGCAGACUUGGAAAUCCAUUUGCAUAAAGGGACAAUCAGCGCUUUGCAGAAUGAGGUCGAGCGGCUAAACAACCAGCUUGUCGAAUAUUCAGCGGACACGAACCUUGACCGAAAUGAGGCCGUGGUGGAUGUUGCAUUGCUUAAGGACAAGCUUGAGCUUGCUGAUAUCCAAAUUCGACAAGCCAAGGGGACAGUCAGCAAUCUACAAGAGGAGAUCGAGGGGCUGAAAGCGCAAAUCACUGACUCAGUCGGUAUAGACCUUGAUCAAAACGAGGCAGCUGUCAACAUUGCCUCAUUAAAGCAUACACUCCAGCUCGCCAAUUUGGAGAGCCAUCAAGAUAAGGCGACAAUCACCACUUUGCAAAAGCAAACCGAGGGCCUACAAGCCCAGGUCGCUGACACUCCGAAGACAGGAUCGUACCCUCGUCACCAGCUCCGAGAGGAGCUGUCGAUGCUGGGAAGGCAUCAGGCCGCUCAGAUGACUGACCUUGAAUCUCUCAAAGCAGAUAUGGCUGCGGAAAGCAAAUUGCGUGAGCAUGAAUGGAAGAAAAGAGCCAAUUUUUUGGAUCAAUUUGCGGAAGAGCUGCAAGGAAUUAAUACGCAGCUUGUGGGUACUGUGGAUGGGGUUUCUAGUGUAGGUUCAAUUGACUAG